CCCGCCUCCCAGGCAGCAGAUCUCAGGGGCAAAUCCGUCACAGCCAAGAGCCCUCUCCCCCCCGCUUCGGAACCAUCGCCCCCGCGCCGCGCUACACAGCGGCAGCGAUGGCGCCCUAGGGUUCAAUCCAGCCGGCCUCGAUCCCUCCGCGCGCCACAAUGCAGAGCUCGCUCGCCCGGCCUCCGCCCCCGCCCCCGCCCCCCUUGGCGCGGGGCUCCGCGGGCGCGAGGUUCCUCGCCCGGCCCCGGCCGGCGCCGGCGGUGAGAUGCCACGGCGAGCCUGCGUCGUCGUCGUCGGCGGCGUCGGGAUGGGCCCCGCCGACGCCGUUCACGGGGAGGGACCCGGACGCGAGGAAGCCGGCGUGGCUGCGGCAGCGGGCGGCGCAGGGGGACAAGUACGCCCGGCUCAGGGAGUCGCUCGGCGAGCUCAAGCUCAACACCGUCUGCGUCGAGGCCCAGUGCCCCAACAUCGGAGAGUGCUGGAACGGAGGCGGCGGCGCCGGCGGAGAAGGGGACGGCAUCGCCACCGCGACCAUCAUGCUCCUCGGCGACACCUGCACCCGGGGCUGUCGGUUCUGCGCCGUCAAGACCAGUAACAAGCCUCCGCCGCCCGACGCCCUCGAGCCUCUGAAAACAGCCAUCGCGAUUGCGAGUUGGGGAGUGGACUAUGUUGUGUUGACAAGUGUGGACAGAGAUGACAUCCCUGAUGGUGGAAGUGGCCAUUUCGCCGAAACAGUCAGGGCUCUCAAGGAGUUGAAGCCUACGAUAUUGGUGGAGUGUCUAACUUCGGAUUUUCGAGGCGACCUGGAGGCAGUUGCGUCUCUGGCAAACUCUGGUCUAGAUGUGUAUGCGCACAACAUCGAAACUGUGAGGAGUAUGCAGAGAAUAGUUAGAGAUCCCCGAGCAGGAUAUGAUCAGAGCUUAGGGGUUCUGAAGCAAGCAAAGGCUUGCAAAAAGGGCAUGGUGACUAAGUCCUCGAUCAUGCUUGGUCUUGGUGAGACAGAUGAGGAGAUAAAGCAAACCAUGGCUGACUUGAGGGCCAUUGACGUUGACAUUCUGACCUUGGGACAAUACUUACAGCCAACAGAAAGACAUUUGAGAGUCAGAGAAUAUGUGACUCCUGAGAAGUUUGAUUUCUGGAAGGAGUAUGGAGAAUCUUUAGGAUUUGUGUAUGUUGCUAGCGGACCUCUGGUCCGGUCGUCUUACCGCGCGGGGGAGAUAUUUGUCCAAAAUUUUGUCAGACAGAAAAAGGCCCAGCUUGUAUCUGCAUCGUAGUCUGAUUCCCGCCAGUCCAUUCUAUCCUGUGCCAGAGUUUUACACAGGAAGAGUUAAUUCUGAGGCCUCCAGAGCGUAGGGCAAUGUUGAUCCUUCAAAGUUUGACGCCUGUCAGUUUUAUGAUUGCUUACACCUGAUAUUCAAUUUCUCUGGGCACUCUGGCGCGUGCCGAAUAUUUUUGUUUGUAUCACUUGCUUAGACAGAUAGUUGUGUGCCUGUAUGGAAAUCCGGCAGAUGUUGCAUCUGCUGCUUUCUCUAUGAUUUAUAGUGCUAUAUAUAGUGGUGUCCUGAUUUUUUCUGAAA